UUUUAGCACCUAAUUGUUUAAUUAGCGCAAUACACGAGAGUUUUAGAACUUUAUUACAUGUUUUCAGUAUUGAAAAUGUUUUAUUUUCAGUCAAAAGAGUAAAUUUGGAAGUGUUUUGUCAUGUGAUGAAUUAAGAGUCAUUGUAUAUACUCGAGAUUGUUGGGGGUUGAGGUAAUUUUGGAUAAAAGAGAUAUUAGAGAUUGAUAAGGGUGGGUUUUGUUCAUGGGUUCUUCUGCAGCUGACGCGUUUCCUCAUGUUCAGGAGGUUAUGCUGGAAUUUCGUGCUGGGAAAAUGCGUAUGGAUGGAACACGUGUUGUCCCUGAUUCCCGUAAAGGACUUGUUCGUAUAGGAAGGGGAGAAGAAGGGCUAGUCCAUUUUCAAUGGCUUGACAGAUCUCUAAAUGUUGUUGAAGAUGACCAAAUUGUUUUUCCAGACGAGGCAGUAUUUGAAAAGGUUAAUCAAACUUCUGGAAGGGUGUAUAUUCUGAAGUUCCAUACAGAUGAUAGGAAGUUUUUCUUUUGGAUGCAGGAGCCCAAAGCUGAGAAUGAUGCACAGCUAUGUAACUCUAUCAAUUUCUACCUGAAUCAACCUCUAGAGUUGCCAGGUGAAGAUGAACCUGAUGCUUCAGCUCCUGUACAGACCUCAGAAGAUAUUGUUGAGGAUGAUAUUUCAUCUAGGGCCGGAAAUUUGGUUGGCCCGAGCAUGGGUACAGAAGCAACUAGUGAUGUAACUUCUGCAGGACCUGUAAAGCUGGCGGAUCUGCAGAGAAUACUAAGUAACAUAGGUGCUUCAGAUGGAGCCGGAGAUCCAGAUGCAGGCUUGGGAUUAGGUGAUAUUUUGAAACCAGAACUUUUACGGCCACUUAUUCAAGAGCUACCUUUAGAUCAACAAUUGGUGUCCUAUUUACCUGAGGGCGAAUGGACCUCCGACGAGUUAAUAGAAUUGCUACAGAGUCCCCCAUUUCGCCAACAACUUGAUUCAUUUACUUACGUGUUGCGCACUGGACAAGUGGAUUUGACUCAGUUUGGGAUAGAUCCUAGCAAAUACAAAUUCACUGUCCCAUCAUUUCUUGAGGCACUUGAAGAUUCUGUUGCCAGAGCAUCUGAAUCUGGAGAGUCAGCACAAGGGAGCAAGGAUUUAAAAUCUCCGACUUUUCAUGGUAGUGAUAAAAUGGACGAAGGUCAUUAGUGUUGUAUCAAUAGUAUUGGUUACAGCUGUUUGUUUAUUUCCAUGAUUCAUGCCAGUUGCUGAUUAUUUGAUCCUGCUGUCGGUGCUAUGUAACAACCAGACUUCGGUUUCUUUUGCUAUAUUACAUUAUAUGGUUGUGUGGACAAAUAUAUGAUUACAUUUCCAAAAGUGAUUUUAUCACUUGAUCCUACAUUUGGGCUAAAUCCUUCUUUUA